AUGACACUGGGACGGGUUAUGACACCGAUGAAUGUUGAAAAAUUUGAGGACAAAUACAACUCAAAGUAUGUGGGGUUAACACAAUGCUGGGGGAACGAAAUCCAUUUGUUCAACAAGGUGUUUGAAGCAUUUGGUCAGGUUGAGCUUGUCCAGCUGCAUCUUGAUGAAAGUGAAAACUGCAAAGGUUUUGGCUUUGUGCAGUUUGCACGCCUUGAAAAUGCGAGAAAUGCACAGAGCUUGAAUGGUCAAUUGGAAAUUGGUGGCAGGACAAUCAAGUUUGAGCUCAUGCUUGUUUUGGAGAAUGUGCACUCAAACACUCAGCUUCUGGAAUGCAAGAAGUUGGAGGAAAUACUGGUGAUCUUAAUGAUGAUGAAGGUGGUGGCUUGGAAAUCCAGUGUGCAGUGUUCUCUCAAACACAAACUACUGCCAACUUCAGCAGCAGCCUAAGCAACCUUACUCGACAAGCUUGGCGAAUUACUUGAUAAGCUUAUUUUAAAUUCAAAGCAGCUUUAGUUAGAAGGGUAACUUUCAUUACAAAACUUGUUUAUAACUUAAUCAUAAA